AUGGUUUCUCGUGGGGUCGUUGGUAUUGCCCUUCUUUCUGCUAUUCCCAUCUUGUGCCUGGAGCUCCGGCGUGGGAUUCCAGAUCUCGGAAUUAAAGAUCUCAUUUUGCUGUGUGGCCGGAUUUUCUUACUGCUUGCUCUUCUUACUUUAAUCAUUUCUGUGACUACCUUGUGGCUUACCUCAUUUAAGUUUUCCCUACUUUACCUGAGAAAAGAGAAGGAGAAUGAGAAACGGCAAGAACUUGUGAGAAAAAAGCAACAAGAGGUACAGGGUGAAAAGGCUAGUAGAUACUUGGAGAAUGUGUUGAAACCUCAGCAGGAAAUGAAACGGAAAAAACUGGAAGAGCGCUUUUAUCGAAUGACGGGUGAAACCUGGAAGUUAAGCAAUGGUCACAAACUGGGGGGUUUUGAAGGAACUUCUCAGAUGUCUUUUGAAACUUCAAACAGAGAAGCAGCAGAGAGACGGAACUUCCCUAAACCUGUCACUAAAAUUCCACUAUCUGCUAAGCAGCCCCCAGAGAAGAAGGUUGUUACUGUCGCUCUUCGGUGUCUAAGUGGACGUGUCCUGAAGAGAAGGUUUUUUAAAUCUUGCAGUUCACAGGUCUUACUUGACUGGAUGAUGAAAAUUGGUUACCACACAUCCCUGUAUAGCCUUUCUAAUUCCUUUCCCAGAAGGCCCCUGGAAGUGUUGGGAAGUUGGACACUGGAGGACAUAGGCAUAACCGUGGAUACCGUACUCAACAUAGAAGAGAAAGAGCAGAGCAACUAA